UAAAGAAUAUAUUGUAGAUAUUUAUGUUAUAUUUAGAUUUCUAUAGCAUAUUUUGUAUUAUAGAUAUUUAAUUACCUGUUACAAAAAUGUUCUGGAAGUUUCACAUAGAUUCUUCAGCAAUUGACACUUUAUUAACAAAGCAGGAUGUUACAUUAAAAGAAAUAUUGAGCGAGGACGACGUUCUUCAGGAGUGUAAAUCGCCCAACAAGAAGCUGCUAGACUUCUUAACAAAAGAUGACAUUCUUAAAGAACUCCUCAACCUGGUUAUCUCUGAACCUUCAAAUGAAGUGGAAGAAAUUUAUAAAUAUAAAUACAUGAAUUUAGCUUGUGAGGUCCUAACUUUAGAUAUUUAUUCAAUAUUAAAUAAAAUUGCUAGCAGUGUUGAGUUCAUGAAUAUAUUAUGGGGUUACAUAAGCUCUUUGCCUCCAUUAAAUCCACUUUCAGCUAGUUUUUUUUCUAAAGUAUUGACUAUACUGAUAUGUCGAAAAACGUCUGAGGUCAUUGCUUUUCUGAAAUCCAACGAUGCUGUAAAUAAAUUGCUUGUUCAUAUUGAAAUAUCUGCUAUAAUGGAGUUAUUUAUUAAGCUUGUUACUGGUGUAGACUCACAUGAAAUUAGACUGGAAGUGUCUCGGUGGCUUGAUGAUGAAAAAUUAAUUGAAAAGUUAACGAACUUGCUUCAUUCUAAACAAAAUGAAGAUGUUCACUACAAUGCUGGUCAGUUGCUCAGCGAAUUAUUGCGUAUUGGUAGAGAUUCAAUGUCCCAGUUUGAAUUUGAUGAAGAUCCUUUGCUAAGAACUUUGGAAAAGAAAGAGACAGUUGAACAUCUUUUAAAUGUGAUGUUUAAUGAUCUUCAUGGUCUUUAUGCAGAUUCUUCUAUGGUUAAUGGAAUAACAUUUUUGGGAUCUUUGAUAGAAGUUAAACGUCCUGAGGAACCUGCAGAUGGCAUGGAGGAUAUUAUACAUCCAAUUGAUCAUGAAAGGCUAACAAAAAGUAUCAAAGCAGCGUUAGAAGUACUUUCAAACAAAAUACCUGAGUUUCAUCAGCUUCUUGUUCAGCCAAAUGAUUCAUCAAUGGAAACAACAUUUGGUAUUCUAAAACCACCACUUGGUAAAGUUCGUUUAAGUAUAACAGCUUUAGUUUCGAGAGCAGUUGCAACCAACAAUUAUUUAAUAAAUGAAGCAAUUGCAAAAGCAGGAACAGUCAAGAUUUUGCUUGAUUUAUUUUCAUUCUAUGAAUGGAAUAAUUUUUUACAUACACAUGUUCUACAAUGUAUAGCAGCUAUUCUUUAUUCAGAAUGUUUAGUUGAUGAAUCAGAAGAAAGAAAAGAAAAUAAACUUCUUAAAAAUUUAUUUGAAGAGUGCAAAAUCUUUGAAAGAUGUAUAGAGUUAUGGGAAAAUAACGAAAUUUCACAAAAAUCUGGUGGGUCAAGAAAGGGUUACAUGGGUCACUUAACAAAAAUGAUAAACGAAAUAACAAAAGCAAAAGAAAAAGGCCCCAAUCAAGAGCUUAUUAUGUCAAUGUUUAAUGAAUUAUCAGAUGAAACAAGAGAAAGUUGGAAUUCUUUGGUUACUGGCCAACUUGCUGAUCUAAAUAAAAAAAAUAUGUGUUCAGCUAUGGGUAACAUGGUUAUUGGACUUGAUACAGAUUCUGACUCAGAUGAAAAUAAACACAACUUUUCACGGUAUGAAGCCGAGGGAUCAUUACAGCAGGCUUAUGAAAAUUAUCAAGUGCAACCAAUGACAAAUGAGUUCAUGGAGACAUUUGGCUAUGAUGAAAUUGCUGUGCAUGACAGUCAAGACCUUAAAAGUCCAUUCAGUAGUGUUGGAAACAAUGCAUUUAUAAUUAAAGCUGAUGAGGAAUCAGAAAAUGAAAAGUUGUUUGAAAGCAUAUGUAUACAAAAAAUCCAACCUUUUGAUGAUAACUCAAGUGAUGAAGAAGAGGAUAUCUGGGAAGAGAAGCAAUUAUCAUUUUCUACUCCACACAUAAGAAACAGAAAGUUAAAAGAGGCAUUGUCUGAUAGUGAUUCAAGUGAUGAAGAAACUUCUUCUAAAGAACAAGAGGAAAGGAUGGAUGUAGAUGCAGAAUGGUCUGCAAACUUUGACAAUAUGGAUGUUCAAGAAAAUCCAUGGUGUAGUCCAUCUAAUCAAGAUUUAUUUAGAAAGUAUGAUAUAGAGGAAGAUUUUGCUGACUUUACAAACAUUGCAAGUUUUGAAUUAAAGAAAAAUACAACAGAUGAAAUAGAAAUGGAAGUUAAUAAACAAGACUCUCAACCAACACAGGAUGUAAAAGUUGAAGAAACUAAAAAAUCUAUACCAACAAUAAAUCAAGAAAUAUACAUUGAAAGUACUGUCAUCAAGACUCAAAUGGUUGGAGGUUAUGUGGUAGUUGAUCAAAUAAAUCCAGAACCAAAAUCUGAGAGCAACGAUAUAGUUUGUGAUAGUACAAAAGUUGAUGAACCAGUUACAUCUAUAACUCCUUUAAAGUUAGAAAACACUGCUGGAUCUGUUAUUGAAAAUGUUGAAACAGUUGUAAAAUCUGAACAUUUAGACUCUGAGCCUAUUUGUGAAAACACUAAAGUUGAAAUUGCAGUUGAAAGUUGUUUACCAGCUGUUUUAAACGGACCGUCUGAGGAAAUUUUAACCGAAAGUUUGAAAACUUAAUAUAUUUGGUUAGGAAAAAUUUUGUUUGGAAAGUAUGCAAAAAUUCCAUUUGCAAGCAAUAAGAUCGAUUAUUAUAGGCGGGCGCUUUGGUAACCAAGAUGCAACUGGUGAAAGCACUCCAUUCCUUGUAUUAUUUUCAAAUAAAGUGCUCUGACAGAGAGUAUAUUGUGAUCUCGAUAGCUUUUCAAUUGUAUUAUAUGGUUCAGUGCCAGCUCUUUUUAGCACUUUUUUCAAAUUUUUUCAGAAGAUAAAAAUCCUUACAUAAUACUAUAUACGAUUGUAUUAGUAUCUUACCCAAUUUUUUUUUAAUUUUUCGUUUGCUUUGUUUUUAUUGGUUUUUUUUUUCUCUAGUUUUAUUCAAUUUUUUAAAGUUCAUAUUUCGGUAUAUUAUGUAUUAUAAAAAUAUUCUGUCAUUCUCAUUGGCUUCUAUUUGUGAAAGGAAGGUUUUGAUUGUUUGUAAAAUCAAAUUUUUUUAUUAUAAAUCUAUUACGUUGGAUAAAAAAAAUGUAGUUAAAUUUUAAUUAUGUUCUUAGUAUUUUACAUUUUCAUGCGUUACGUAAACAACUUGUCAGCCAAAAACCAGGAGGCCGUAUGUCCAUUUUUUGUGUUUCAAAGAAAAUUGAGUUUUAGAUCUUAGUAUGUAAAGACUUAGUAUCAGAAACUUCUGAGUAUUUAUAUAUUUCCUAAAGUUUUUUUAAUACCAGAUUUAUUUGACUCUUUAUGCUUUACUGGUUGAAAAAUAUUUAUUAAUAAUAAACAGAAAAUACACAAAAUGUGGACAUAUAGCCUCUUUGUUCUCAGCUAACGAACUCUCAAAGGUAAAUUUCCUGAUAUAGUAUGUUGUCAUUUUUUAUACGUUCUUCAAAUAUGAUUUCAAAUGAAUAGAUCUUAGAAGUUGUAAAA